CCCGGGCCGAGCCGCUCCCUCAGCGCCGGUACCGCCGGAACCGCCACAACCGCCGCCACAGCGGCACCGGCCGGGCACCGGCACCCAGCGCCCCGCCGAUGCGCCGGGCCCCCGUUGGCUGAGGAGCGAGGCGACACCUGCGUCAGACCGCCGGCGCUGACGUCACGGGAGCCUGAGAGGGUGCAAAGGCUGUGAUGAAGAACCAGGGAGUGGAGGCCAAGGCAGCUCCACGUCCUUCCAGAACGAGCAGCGGGAUGGGGCUGGAAGAGGGAGACUCACCAGAGGCUGCAGCUCCCCCAGAAGCUCCCCAGGAAGAUCCCAAAUCCUCUCGCGACGUCUCGGAGGAGCUGAGCCGGCAGCUGGAGGACAUCCUGAGCACCUACUGUGUGGAUGCCAGCCAGGAGAACCCAGGGGAGGAUGGGGGGCACGGGGAGCCCCCCGAGGAGCCCGACAAGGGCCGCAGUGACUCCCCCAGGAACGGGGAGCAGGAGCCGGGGGGCCCCGAGAUCAACGGGGAGAAGGAGAACUCCAAGGGCAGCGAGGAGUUCCGGCCUGGCGAGGAGGCUGGGGACAGGGACCAGAAGAAAGCUCAGGAGAAGAAGAAGGCCAAGGGUUUAGGCAAGGAAAUCACUUUGCUGAUGCAGACCCUGAACACCCUGAGCACGUCAGAGGAGAAGCUGGCAGCUCUGUGCAAGAAAUACGCUGAGCUGCUGGAGGAGCACAGGACCUCGCAGAAGCAGAUGAGGAUGCUGCAGAAGAAGCAGAGCCAGCUGGUGCAGGAGAAGGAUCACCUGCAGAGCGAGCACAGCAAGGCCAUCCUGGCGCGCAGCAAACUGGAGAGCCUGUGCCGGGAGCUGCAGCGGCACAACCGCACCCUCAAGGAGGAGGGCGUGCAGCGUGCCAGGGAGGAGGAGGAGAAGAGGAAGGAGGUGACCUCUCACUUCCAGGUGACCCUGAACGACAUCCAGCUGCAGAUGGAGCAGCACAACGAGCGCAACUCGAAGCUGCGCCAGGAGAACAUGGAGCUGGCCGAGAGGCUCAAGAAGCUCAUCGAGCAGUACGAGCUCAGGGAGGAGCACAUUGACAAGGUGUUCAAGCACAAGGAGCUGCAGCAGCAGCUGGUGGAUGCCAAACUGCAGCAGGCCCAGGAGAUGCUGAAGGAGGCAGAGGAGAGGCACCAGCGGGAGAAGGAUUUUCUGCUGAAGGAAGCUGUGGAAUCCCAGAGGAUGUGUGAGCUGAUGAAGCAGCAGGAGACCCACCUCAAGCAGCAGCUGGCUCUGUACACUGAGAAGUUUGAGGAGUUCCAGAACACCCUUUCCAAAAGCAGUGAAGUGUUCACAACGUUCAAACAGGAGAUGGAGAAGAUGACCAAGAAAAUCAAGAAGCUGGAGAAGGAGACCACCAUGUACCGCUCCCGCUGGGAGAGCAGCAACAAGGCCCUGCUGGAGAUGGCAGAGGAGAAAACCCUGCGGGACAAGGAGCUGGAGGGGCUGCAGGUGAAGAUCCAGCGCCUGGAGAAGCUGUGCCGCGCGCUGCAGACGGAGCGCAACGACCUCAACAAGAAGGUGCAGGACCUGUGUGCCCACACAGAGCUGCUGGAGCCCCUGAAGGAGCCACCACGGGACAGCUCUGAGGCUGCUGCAGAUCCCCUGAGCCCGGGAAAGGCCCCACAGAGCCCACAGGAUCCCACAGGAAGCCUGGCAGAACUGAGCACGGGGCAGAGCGGGACUGAGCAGGGCACUGACUGAGCCCCAGCUGGGUGAGGGAGGGAGACCUGGGAGCUGCUUUAGAUUCCACUCUCCCUGUCCUGGGCCAGCUGGGAAAGGACAGGACACAGCCCUCCUGGGCAUGGGAGAUUUCCUAGUUUAGGUUUUUGGAGGGAUUUUUUUCAAGAUUUUAUAUAUAUAUAUACAUAUAUAUAUAUAUAAGAUAUAUAAAAAUGUGCAGGGCAACACUUUAUAUCUAUGGAAAGAAGCAGAAGGGCCCAGCUCCCUGCCUGUGUGAAUAUUGAAGAUCUGGAGCCUCAGCUGAUUGUCCCUCUCACUAAAGGACCUGGGGACAGGCACAGGGACAAGGGACACGCCUCCACCACCACAAGGACUCCACUCUGGAGUGACAGCAGAGCUGGGAGAAUUCCAGAACAUUCCCAGCACUGGAAUCUCCCUCUUCCCCCUGCCAGGCAGGAGGAGCUCCUGGUCUGGCCCUGCUCGUGUGUGAGUUGAGGGCACCAGAGGCCGUUCCCUGCUCUCCAUGGGCUCUGUGUCUGCACUGGGGACCAGGAGAAGCAGCAAAAGGAGGUGCCUGGUCCCUCCCUUGGGAAUUUUUUGCUCUUGCCAGGCCCUGCCAAUCUCAAAACCGCCUUAUAAUUCACAGUUGCCUCUUUGCUGAACGCACACGUGCACAAAGUGUAUUAAACAGUUAUCCCAAA